UCUAGUUAUAGUGUAUUGGAAUAAAUUUUCAUUGCAAUGGUUUGGUGGAUAGAUAUAAAACAGAGCGAUGAAGACUAUCAUAUGUAUGAUAAGUUUGAUAUUCAAGAGGAUAGAAUUUUUCAAUCAGUCAACGUCAUGUUCAAUUUUGCUGAAAAACUAUUCGACGUGUACCACAUCCGUGCAUUGUUAAAAAGUGGAGUGAACAUUUUCAACAUUGAUCGAACGAUCAUUGACAGUUCGUCUUCUAUUAUGAUAAAAAAAGCUAUAUCAGAUUGUAAUGAACCUGAAAUGUAUCCUAAACCAUAUUACAGACCUGUGUGCAUAGCAGUUACAAUAUCUGUUACUAAGCCGGUGACUAUUGAAACCGAUGUUAAUUUAAUUAUUCUCAAAGAUGUGUCAAGCAAACAAGACGUGGUCGACUUUACGGCAGCAAAUAGAGAUUGGAAGCUACCAAUUUUAGUGUGGGUUUCAAAGUAUUGCGGUGAACUAAAUAUGAUUGAAUUAAUACAUAUUGCCCAUGGAAUUGUAUUGGAUCACUCAUCAAUGAAUAAUGAAGAUGCACAUAAUGUAAUACAGCUUUGUAAAAAGCAAAGAAAAUCAAUAUUCUGGCUCAAACCUGAAAUAUGGGAAGAUACUAGUAAUAUUAAAGGAAGCAAAAGGAAACUUUUUGUGAUAGCGUCUCAAAUAGUCCAAAAUGGUGUAGAUGGAAUAGUCGUUAAUGGAUCAGAAACUAACAUUCAACUUCAAACCGAUAUUAUAAGGAAUGUAGUAGAGGCCAUGCGACUGGCUGAAGAUAAUCGAGAUUCAAAAGCUGAAUUUGGAAAACUACGAAAACAGAUAACAACUCCUCAAAUUGCCCCAAUAACGGUAGCAAUCGCUGCGUCACACACGGCUUUGAAUAGUAGAGCAUCAGCUAUUAUUAUUCUAACAUCUACUGGGAAGACGGCUCGGCUGGUCUCAUGGGCCGCACCACCAUGCCACAUCGUCGCAGUCACUACUAAAGAAACUGCUGCAGUACAAAUGCACCUGUACAGAAAAGUCAUACCCGUUGUUUAUAAAGGCUCUCGAGUUGGAAACUGGCGGGAGGAGUGCCGAAAGAGGGUACUUUUUGGCACCGAGCUCGCGGCAAAGACUGGCCUGUUCGGUGACGGUGCCAAAUUAGUGGUGAUGGCGCCCUCUGGAGAAGGAGUCGGGUACUGCGACGGCUUCCAAAUGGUUACUGUGCCGUUUAGAUGUGACGUGUAAGCGGUUGACGUAAUUUUAAGUUCCUCACCAAUGAAGUUGAACAGUGUUUUGUUUUGUGGAAUUAUUUUCUUACUAAACGUUCACAGUCUUUUGUUUUGUAGAAUUCCGUUUCUAACUUUAUCUUUUCAAUAUUACCAUACACUCUAUGUCUAUGAUGUAACAGUAGAUAAACGAGUAGAAUACUUUACGAUAAAGCAAUCUAGAUAGGAAUUAAAAGUCUCUUUUAACCACUUCACGUUAUUUUACUA